ACCUUCAAAAUGCUUCGAUUCAGCCUUCAGCCUCAUCUACUUCGUAUUUUUCCUCCUCAAAUGGUCUUCCUUCCACUCCCCCUCGCCCCUCUCCUCUUCCUCCUCUUCUCCAUCCUACCAUUCCUCUCUUCUCUUCUUCUUACAUCUGUAUCCGCCGACAACCGCUACCUCCAAAACUGCCAGCCUCAGAGCUGCGGCAACCUAAUCAAUGUCAGCUUCCCUUUCUGGUUCCAAAACCUGCAGCCAGACUACUGCGGCUAUCCAGCUUUCGAGCUCCGGUGCGAGGAUGAUACCCCGAAGCUUUCCAUGCCAGUAGAAGACUAUCAUGUCCUCAACAUCUCUUAUGACAAAAGAACAGUCAAUGUUUUAAUGGCAAGGUUUGCCUCCAAGGAUACCUGCCUUCUUCCUUACUACAACCUCUCCUUCGGCCUCACUCCUUUCACCAUCAGCUCACUUAACCGCGAGCUUGUCUUCGUCUACAAUUGCUCUGCGGAGAAACCAGGGUUUUUGCAGAUCAAUUGUCAUAACAACAGGAGCUAUGCCUAUCUCGGAGGAACUUAUCGUAUUGAGGAGAGCGAGGGUUUAUUUGGUUCUUGCUUUUCGGUUGUCAUGCCUGUGCUGAGCUCUCCUGAACCUGAGGUUAAAAAAUAUCCCGAGCUUCUGGCUGAUGGAUUUCUGCUGGAUUGGACUGCACCUGAUUGUUCUGAGUGUGUGAAGAGUAAUGGGCAGUGCGGGUAUAAUAAUGACACGAGAAAUUUCAUGUGCAUCUGCCCUGAUAGACCUCAUUGGAAGAGCUGCUCUGAGGGAAGUUCCAAGACUGCUCUUACAAUAGGACUUAGCACAGCAGGAGGCCUGAGCUUCAUCAUAUUUUUCUCGCUCUGCUUUCUCCUCUACAGACACUGGAAGAAAAAGCAGUUUGCUAGAUCGAACCUCAAUGACAGAAACAAUUCUUUUAUGAUGUCCAAUUUUGAAUAUGAACAGGGCUCCUCUCUUACAUCUCCCAUCUUCUCCUAUGGCGAGCUUUAUGAAGCCACCAAUGGCUUUGAUGCAUCAGAAGAACUUGGCGAUGGUGGCUUCGGUACAGUCUACAAAGGAAAGCUGAAAGACGGCAGAGCUGUAGCAGUGAAACGUCUCUAUGAGAAUAACUACCGAAGGCUGGAGCAAUUCAUGAACGAAGUAAAGAUCGUCUCCCUCCUUCGCCACCAGAAUCUCGUCACUCUCUACGGCUGCACCUCCCGCCACAGCCGCGAGCUCCUCCUCGUCUACGAAUUCAUCCCAAACGGCACCAUCGCCGACCACCUCCACGGCUCCCGCGCUUCAGAAUCACUCUUACCAUGGAAAGCAAGGCUUAACAUCGCCAUCGAAACAGCAGACGCUCUUAACUAUCUCCAUUCCAUUGAGCCCCAAAUCAUCCACAGAGACGUCAAAACCACCAACAUUCUGCUUGACAGUAGCUUCCAUGUCAAAGUUGCAGACUUUGGCCUCUCGCGUCUCUUUCCCCUCGACGCCACUCAUGUUUCCACUGCUCCGCAGGGCACGGCGGGGUAUGUCGACCCUGAGUACUAUCAAUGCUAUCAGCUCACAGAUAAGAGCGAUGUGUACAGUUUUGGAGUUGUGUUGAUGGAGCUCAUAUCGUCAAUGCCAGCAGUUGAUAUCAGCAGAGAUAGGCACGAAGUGAAUCUGGCGAACUUUGCGGUUAGGAAGAUUCAGAAGCAGGAAUUGGAUGCGUUUGUUGAUCCAAGGCUGGGUUACGAUUCGGAUUACAGAAUAAAGGGGAUGAUUAGUGAGGUUGCAGGGCUGGGAUUGCGUUGCUUGUACUCAGAAGGGGAGGUGAGGCCUGGGAUGAAGGAGGUGCUUGAGAUUUUGAGGGUGAUUGAGAAAAGUGGAUGGAAGGGUGAAGGUGCUGCGAAGGGUGAUGUAGAAGUGAAGGAGGAGGCAAGAUUAUUGAAGUGUGUUUCUCCUUACUCGCCUGAUACUGUGACUGAGAGAUGGGAGAGCACAUCGUCGUCCAUGACAAGUUUUACUAUCUGAGUUGAUCAGUGUUAACGACGGCAAAUUAUUCUGUGCCGAGUCCGAACGUAGAAGAUCUUCUGGAUUACUGGAUGCAUUGCGUUCGCUCUGCUUAUACUAUGCAUAUUUGUAGAUACACAACAAAUAAGCAGCAAAUCCUCAUAAAUAAUUAUUUGCUGCUUAUUUACUGCGUAUCUACAAAUACACAAUAAAUAUGCAGAGCAUAUGCAUAGGGUAUGCAGUAAUCCGAAACAUUCUCUACGUUCGGAGUCUGCACAAAAUAAUUUCCCAUUAACGACAGCUUAAUUUAGGGGCUGUUUGGGUUAAUGGAUGCUGUAAAGAGAAAUCUUUAGAUGCGAAAUGAAUGUUUCAAGUUUAGUUCAACAUAAAGCUGUAAGUAAUUUUUUACAAAUGCAAAGUUUAGUUUCUUCAUAAAUUAAUUGCAGAGAAUGGAAUCAAUUCAGCUGUAUUUAUUUUUGCAGAUUUUUAUUUUAUAUAGUCUUUUUCCAGUGAACCAAUCAGAGAUUAAAGAUAUAUUCACAA